UAGAAACCAGUCAGUCAGUUUUAACCAACAGUUCUCAGUUCCUCUUGUAAUCCUCCUCUACCCACCAUGCACUGGGAGGUUUCUACGGCGACCCUGACAGUCAACAAACAUGGACGAAGCUGCAGGGAGCUCUCGCCGACAUGAGCUUUCCUGCUCACACAUCCCAACGUUCUCAGUCCGACAUCCCAUGAUCCCCAAACUGUACGUGAUGCCGUGGAAACAGGACAUGAAGCACCAGAGGCUGCUGAUGAAGAACGCCACUCUAGCACAGAUCCCCGUGGUUCCUAUGGAGGAGUCGUUGUGUCUUGGUGGUAAGGAGCGUCUCUGCCACGGUCAGGACUCCAGCCACCGCUCCACCUCUUCAUCCUCCUCCUCCUCCUCUGCUCUUCUCAGCCAGACAGGACGAACAGCUCCUCGCUCCUCACACUUCUCCAGGUACAACAGCUCCGUGGUGACGGCCAGGUGGCUCUACCGAACCUGAACACGGAUCACACUACGACUAAUAAACCCGUCUCCUUGUGGGUUUCAUCCUCACA